AUGGAAAAGGAGGAGGAGGUAAAACAAUUUGAAAAAGAAUUACUUGAACGUGGACAGAUUAUUCUUAAUUUGGAAGAUGAGGUCACUGCCUUGAUGGAAGAAGAGAAGAGCCUGAAAAAUAAAACGGAAAAGGAAAUAAAUGACCUCAAAGACGAGUUGAUCAACCUCCAAUCCCUGAAUAUGGAAAAGGAGGAGGAGCUGAAAAAAUCUGAAAAAGAAGUAGUUGAACGUGGACAAAUAAUUCAGGGCUUGGAAAAUGAGAUUGUCUCUUUGAGGGAAGAAGAAAAGUGCCUGAAAACUAAAAUGGAAAAUGAAAUAAAUGACCUCAGAGAACAGUUGGUCAACCUCCAAUCUCUGAACAUGGAAAAGGGCAAGGAGAUUGGAAAGUUGAAUAAAGAGGUAAUUAAAACUGGAAAGGCAAUUGUGGGUCUGGAAAAUGAGAUAAUCGAGUUGAUUGAGGAUAAUCAGAAGAGGAAAACUAAGAUGGAAGAGGAAAUAACCGACCUCAAAGAAGAGUUGAUUAACCUGCACGAUAUGAAUUUGGAAAAAGACAAGGAGAUUGAAAAGUUCAAAUACGAAGCUAUUGAAAUUGGAGAGGCAAUUAAAGGUCUGGAAAAUGAAGUAAUUGAGUUGAUGGAAGAUAAUCAGAAGAGGGAAUCUACAAUGGAAAAGAAAAUAACCGACCUAAAAGAAUUGUUGAUUAACCUGCAGAAUAAUAAUUUGAAAAAGGAUGAGGAGAUUAAAAAGUUGAAAAAUGAAGAAAUUGAAUUGCGAGCAACAAUUGAAGGUCUGCAAAAUGAGGCCCUCAAGUUGCUGGAGGAAAAUCAGAAGAGGAAAACGGAUAUGAAAAAGAUAGUAAACAAUCUCAAUGUGUUGAUCACAAUGCACGAUAUCAAUAUGGAAAGUAACGAAGAAAUAAAACUUAGCAGUGCAACCUGAACCAAAUGAAAAAGAAGACGCAAGCAAGACGCACCCAGGAAGAACAGACAGCAAAUGGACGG